GCAUCAAUAAGUCGAUGCAUAACCAAUGACUCAUUUUAGCACAAUUAAUUUAAAAUGGCGUUUUAAAGAUUAUUUUAUUGGGUAUCAAUUGCAUGGCGGUUUCUUUUUAAGAAAUAUUUCAGAUGUACUGGAGUAAAUGGGUGUUAGUUUUCUUGGUCGCCAUUCAGCUUUAUGAAGCUAAACGCCACCAUAAGUACACCAAGAGUGCGAACCAAAAGACAGAAAAAGUUAAAAAAGCACAGAUUGAAUCGCCAAAAAGAACACAAAAAAAGUUUAACAUUGAAGCAUCGCCUCAAAGUAUUCUCGGGGAUGCAAUGCAAAUUAAAAUGAAAGGUGCUGACGGAAUGGACGGACCGGAUGGACCAGACGGAUCAGCUGGACCACCAGGCCCGCCUGGAGUGCCUGGUCCUGAGGGACCUAAAGGUGAGCCAGGAAUAUGUCAACCAAGCGAAUGUGAUUAUCUAAACAUAAUGCCAAUGGUUGCUAGAGUUACAACACUGGAAAGAUACGCAACAGAAGGUGGCAGUGGUAUGAAUGGUGGAACAGAAACAUUUGAUGCAGGUGGAGGUGGGCAAGGUCAAGCUGAAUAUACUGGACUUGGAGGUGGUGCUGGAUUUGGUGGUGGUGGAGGAGUUGGUAAUCCUGGAGGUGGAGGAGGAGGAGGCGGUGGUGGAGGUGGUGCAGAUAGAACCACAAGUUCGGAAGGCACUUUUACACCUAAGACUAUCUCUUCUCCUGUUAGCAUGCCUUCUCCACCAUUAAAUGCAGCAGGCGGAGGUGGAGGUGGAGGUGGAAUGGGUGUUAAAGGAGGUGGAGGAGGAUCUGGAGGAGGUGGAGGUGUUUCUGGAACAAAAAAAGAGAUAAACUCAAAUAAGCCAACAAAACCAAGUUCAGAGGAAGCAGGGACGAUCGAGUCAAAAGCAAGUGAAGCAAACAGCAUUAAACGUCAAUUUAUCCCUGGAGAAGAGAAAAAAGACUGGGAAAAAUAUACAAUGAAAAUAAAGGAUGGUGUCCCAGAGGAAUAAGAUUUAAAUUGUACUUAUUUGAAUUUAUACUGUUUAUAAACGACAUCCAUUGUAAA